AUGACAUUUCACUGCAAUAGUUUCUCCGUAACAAGUGAAUUCAGAGAUUGUUUUGACGAAGUUGGUAGCUACUCUUUAAGCGCUGCUAGAACAAUAAUCUCACAACAAAAAUCUUACAAAUAUGUAAAUUUAGAGAAAAAUGUUUCGGCACAAUUUCAAGAAAUUUUACGAUAUAAAUUUUAUUCUCCAUCUAUUGCUCUUCUUGACGUUUCUUGUACUAAUGCAACAAUAGUAUUAGAACAAGCUUCUAAAUUGAAAUAUUUCAACAAAACAUACCAAUGGUUGAUUAUUGAUGAAAAUCUUAAUUCAAACGUUUUGGAAACUUUGAACUCGACAAUGGAAAUUGGUCUUAAUUCACAAAUUUUGUACAUUAACAAAACUGAAUCAAAUUCUUACGAAUUAUAUGAUGUUUACUCUAAAGGAAGGCAUAUCGGAAGUCCAAUGAAUAUUUCAUUUUUUGCUAAAUGGUCUUAUAAGAAAAGAUUAGAAAAGGCUAACGAACUGCAAGAAAUGCGAGAAAUCAUACAUCGGGGUCAAUUUAAUCUGUUAACCUUAAGAGGUGUCAUAGUUAUUGACAAAGAUAAUAUUACGACAAAUGAACAAGUUUUUAAAUUACUUCAAGCUGAAGAUUAUAAAAGUGUGGGUUUGUUUUCAAUGAUAAAAUAUGCUUCAGAAUUAGUCAAAGUUAUAAGUGAUCGUCUUAAUUUUACAAUCGAUUAUCGUGUAACUAGAGGUUGGGCCGGUCGUUUACAAAAUACAUCUUAUCGUUUAGGUUUAAUGGGAGUAGUACAACGUGGUGAAGUUGAUAUUGCUGCCUCACCAAGUUUCUUAAGAAUAAGUCGAAUUAAAGAUCUAGAUUUUUAUCAUCAAAGUUGGAUUUUUGAAGCUGGUUUCAUUUAUGUUUAUUCAAAUUUAGUAAAGCACAAAUCAGGUGGAGGAGAUUUUUUAGCACCAUUUAAUCAUAAUGUUUGGAUUUUUUCAUUAAUAUCUUUUAUAUUCAUAAUUGCAAAAGGAAAUCAAAUGGUUAUCACUGACAGCGUCUUACUUCAAUCAGUUGCUGUAAUUUGUCAACAAGGACUUGAUCCAGCUCCAAAGAAACCUGCAAUAAGAAUUGUCGUGUUCUCUUUAAUAUUAUUUUCUCUAUUAAUGUACAACUAUUAUACUUCUUCAGUAGUCGGAGGCCUAAUAAGUAAUAAUGAUCCCGGUAUUAAAGAUCUUGAAGAACUUGCAAAAAGUCGUUUAACUUUAAUAUUUGAGGAUAUAGGAUAUAAUAAAGUUGUAAUGACGGAGCCGACAAAUCGAUCAAUUGUAAUGAAAAUACGUAAGAAAUUCUUUUCACAAUCAUAUACUUCUUACGAAUUAGAUGGUUACACAACACUCUCAAAAGCAAUUUCUUAUAUACGAGCUGGAACACAUGCUUAUCACUGUGAAUUUAUACCACAUUAUGAUGAAAUUGCUAAAAUAUUUGAUCCAAAUGAAAUUUGUAAUCUACGAACUAUAACUGGUUUAUUGAAACAUGAAACAUUAGCGAUGGUUUUAACUAAAAAAUCACAAUAUUUAGAAAUGUUCAAAAUAAUAUUGACUAGAGCAAGAGAAGUAGGUAUUGUGAAAAGAGAAUUAAAAAGAAUUCAAAAUUCUCGACCAAAAUGUCAAGGAGCUUUAACUGUUUCGCCAGUAGCAAUGGCAAGUGUCUUAAAUGCAUUUAUAAUUCUAAUGGGUAAGAGUGACAUAUUCAAAAUGGAAGUUUCUCAUUUUGAAAAAUUCUUAAUACUUUUUAGUUGGUGUUAUAAUUUCAUUGAUUAUUGCUGGACUAGAAAUUUCUUGGGUUAA